AUGGCCACCGGUAUAUGGUAUUGCUUUAUGAUGACAACAGCUGUGGUACAUUCCCGUGUUAUUCGUUCUGAACGAUCAACAUCGAGCAUACCUUAUGGUCUCAACUCUCCAUGUGGACCUAGCAUUAGUGGAGCUCCCCUCCCCUCCAUUCGAAUCAAUCAAUUAAAGAGAGAUGACAUCAUACCUCAUGUUGAGGGAGCGCAAAGGAUUACGGAUCAGCUCCGUGAACAUUAUGAUGGGAUUCCACCGCCCGAUGUAUAUUCUGAGGAAGUUGUAGGACUGCCUGGACCACAAGAUAUAUCUACCUACAGAAAUGUAACUGUUGAUUACACCGUCGUUUCUCACCUUCUAGUCUUCGUUGACAUAGUGUGUAAUGACGACGGACCUGUCCUCUGGCAGAGACUCCGCUCCAGAAUACUCCAUAUUCUCUGUGGUAUGUACAGGACAAUGGUUAAUGUAAAGCAUAUCUCAGAGGAUAUCACACUUCCGUGCGUCGUGGAGGCAUCUUGUGGUAGUCCACGCUCGAGCUUUGCACGUAACAGGAGGAACUUUGUCAUAUUUAGUGCCGUACGUGACGUGUUAAUUCGUUUGCAUGAGACAUACAGUGCCUUACCAGGACAAUAG